AUGGAUGCAAAUGGUAAUGUGGAGAGUUAUAAGGCGCGUCUUGUAGCAAAAGGAUAUACUCAGAAAGAAGGUAUUGAUUUUAUAGAGACUUUCUCUCCAGUUUCAUCGAAAGACUCCUUUAGCGUAAUCAUGGUGCUUGUUGCUCAUUUUGAUCUUGAGUUACAUCAGAUGGAUGUUAAGACUAUGUUUCUUAAUGGCUUAUUGCACGAAACCAAGAGGUUUUUAUCUGAGCAUUUCAAGAUGAAAGAUCUUAGGGAUGCCUAUUUUGUUUUAAGAAUUCAGAUACAUCGAGAUCGAUCUCAAGAACCAAAAAACGGGGUUCAAGAAGUGAAGCCGGGGCAAGCAACAAAGUGUUCUCAGUCUCCUGUAACAUCUGUUUCAAGUGAAGAUGAAAUUAGAGUCGUGCUGGAGCUAGCACAUCUGGAUUCAAACACAACUGGAUCUAACCUGAAGUGCAAACGUCAACCAUAA